AUGACGGCCAUUACGAACACCGUAAAACUACACCGCGAACUGGGUCUGUGUAGUGCGAUAUGUCUCAUCGUUAACGUGAUGAUCGGUGAGUGUGGUGGCCUAAUGUUAUCCGCGGACUAUCGACAUAGUGAUGUGAUGAUUUAUUUUCCGAUUUUUUUAGGGUCCGGGAUUUUUAUAUCAGCCGGCAACGUUUUAAAAAAUACCGGAUCUGUGGCCAUGUGUCUGGUCAUGUGGACUUCUUGCGGAAUGGUGUCGCUUUUGGGUAAUAUCGCGACCACGUAUUUUUUAUUUUUUCAUUAUUAUUAUUCUCCUUUAUCGAUGUCUAAUAAAAAAAAAAAAAAAAAAACCCCAUACGUUUUCCUCCACAAGUUACUGUAUACUUUAUAUUGUUCCCGUGUACUCUAUACAACGUAUUUAUAGGUGCCUUGUCGUACGCUGAGCUUGCCGGGGUGGUACAAAAGUCUGGUGGAAAUUUCAUGUUCUACCGGACAGCGUACGGCGACAUCCACAAGUUCUGGGGACCGUUACCGAGUUUCGUAUACUCGUUUAUGACCAUAUUAUACACCCGGCCAACUGAAAUGGUCAUCAGCACAAUGACGUUCGCCGAGUACUCAGUUCGGCCGAUUGGGCUGUGGCUGUCCUUGCAACCAGACACGGAGGCCGUUCUGAAAAAAACUCUCACGUUGGCCGCAAUCUGUGAGUGCUCAAAAUAUUAUUAACGUUAAAAUUAUGUCUAAAUAGCGCCUAUCCAAGUGUUUGGAUUAAAUAGUUACAACUGUUUCACAAGAAGUGAAAAAAAAAACAGAUUAGUAAAACCAAUAAAUACCUAUCCUUAUAAAAUCAGAAAGCGAGCAAGUUUUAACCGUUACCGUCAUCAAUCAUAAUAGGCACCAUUACUAUGAUAAACUACAUGAGCGUCAAGUAUUUCGUCAAGGUGCAGUUCGCCGCUACAGUGAGCAAAAUUGCCGCCUGUCUGAUAAUCGUCGGCAGCGGUCUACAUCAAUUGUAUUUAGGUAAUCGUAUCAUUAUUAUAACGUACGCAAUACAAUAUUAAUAUUUAUUACUCCACCAUUCGUCUAUCUACUACUGUUGUAGAUAUUAGGAUUUCUCAACGGGCUAUGAUAAAGUAGAACCGUCAACAUGGGGCAUAACAGUGGUCUGCGGUUAAUCUACCCUCUAGACGCAGCCAAACUGCACGAGUAGGAUAGAAAAACAAGAUAAAAGCAUUCUGAAGUAGGAUACGGUCAAGCGCCAUCUAUAGAUUCUAUAGUUGAUGGCACGUAUGAAUAUUAAUAAGCAACACGAGUAGAUUAUUAUUAUCGAUUGGUAGAUAGUACUGCAGACUCACAGUUUUAAUUACAACAUUUUGAGAACUAGAGAACUUUGAAGUCCCAGCUUCUUUAUACGGUUACAGAAUUGUUAGAUGACCGUACUAACUUCAACCAUCUACUAUGCCUCUGGACCGUAAAAUACCAUACUGGUACCCAUGUACGGUGUCCCUGCGGUUAUUUGGCAUUUAUGUUUAGCCAGAGUCUUUGGCGGAGAUUUAAUUGAAUUUUAGGGGGCCUAUUUAAGCGACGAGCAAAAUAAAAUGAAUAAAGAUGGACAUACUUCGUACGUGGGUGUAGCUAUUGUUGUAUAGGUAGGAAGUCGGGAAUAUAGGAUACACUCCGGAAUUUAAUGUAUAUCUGUAAGAAACGAUAAACCAUUGCUAACGAAAAACCUUUUCUGAGCGGAGUUCAGUUGAUAGUGAUGCUUUGUCAAAAAUAUAUAUAUUUAUGCCAUAUUAUGGUAAAAUAAUUAAAUAGGCGUUAUAUAUUUUCUUUAAUAAUAUUUGUUUAAUAUUAUACCGAUUUCCCCAUUUUUUUUCAGUUUUUCACAUUUGUUGAGACAAUUCCUGGGAAAAUUGAAAAAUAGCUUUUCUAAAGUACCUUUUCAGUCAGAUUUCCUUUCAGAAAAAGUGCUGUUAUUUUAAAUCGGAGCCAAGUUAGUGGUAGAAAAAUUUACAGAACAAAUCGAGAGAUAUUUUGCGAUUAAAAUGGUCCUAACGAGCGAUGGUUUGGGUCUCUGAGCACACCCAAAAUGCAUUAAUUUUUCCUUGUUAGGUAAAAGAAAAAAAAAGAAAUGCAAACAAUUUGUUUGUUCGGGUUUGAACUUCCGAACCCUAGGGUUUUGAAACUUGAAAUUUAACAACAGUUAUUUAACAUAACAUAAUAUAAUACCCGCAUAAUAUCAGAACUUCAAAAAGCUAAAAUUUCGAAACUAUGUCAGUUCACUCAAUUCUUAUUACACUAUCAUUCUCGAAUCGGCGAUAUGCGUAUGUUUUAAACAAAAUAUUGAAAAAUUAGAUUUGUUUCACAUAAUUUUCUACUCAAACGAUUUUUGUCGGAAUUCAAUAUUAAUAAAAAAUAAUAAAAAAAAUAUAUAAAAAAGAAAAAUAAUGCAUUAAACUCAAAUUUGUUUUUUGAACACAAAGUAAGGCUUUUAAUAAACCUUGACUAUUAAAUUUUCAAGCAUUUCUAUCUAGCAAGUUUAACAAUUUCACCACAGAGUACAUACUGAAUAAAAAUGACGUACAAACCUCGUAAAAUUAAAAUGUCUAUAAUUAGCUCAACAAUGACUUGAAUUUUUUGAAAAUUUUACCACGUCUAAAAAAGUAUAAAUAAGUUUUCUGUACUAAUUUUAAGUCUCUAUAAAUAUUUUUAACUGAAUUACAACAAAAAAAAAGCAUUAUUUUCGUAAAUUUUACGUUUUUUUACGUUUUUCCCUUCUAUUAGGAAAACUGUCAUGAAAAUCAAAAAUGAUCUCCUUAAAGUACUACCCCAAGCAAAUUUUCUAUCAAGAAAGAGUCUACUUCCUAUACACUCGAGCAAGAUUUCUGGUAGAAUUUUUGUACACAGUAUACAAAAAAAGAAGAGAAAAAAAAAUUAAACAUUUUUGUUAAACAAAUACAUUCUUUAUUACCCUUAGAAUUUAAAAUCAUCACUUAAAUUUUACCAGUAUACUCAUUCGUUGACCCACAUUUGGAUAAAAUGUUAAAAGCAAUAAAAGUUGCAUUGUAAUUUCUAGGUUAAUAUCAUUUUGGAGGGGUUUAGAAUGAUUAUUUAUUUAUUUUUUAAUAUUAUUAGGGGAAAAUGGAUGAUUAGAGAGAGCUAUGUCCUCUUCCCUAGCUCUCCAAUUUCCACUAAAGUAAAAAUAGAAAUUUAGGGUUAAAUGCGUUCAAAAUAAAUACCUCUUAUACUUGGAUUACGUCUUAAAUAUUGAACAACAACGUCACAAUUUCUUGCUCCUAUUCCUACGCAUUUGUCUGAAUAACAAGGUACUUACAUCCAAUUAAUCUCGUAUGUUCUUAAAGUACCUCCAUUGAGGUCUCUUACCUCCACCCAGUAUCGAUAUCCGUGUUCCCACUUAAAGCAAAUUAAAAAAAUAAUAUAUUCAUUCAUUGUUCACUGUAUGCUCAGUUUUUUUAAUCAUGUUAUUGUAUAGGUACUCAGUUUGAAGUAAAUAUAUAACGCAUUUACAUAAACACACAUAAUUUUAAAGAACAAAAAUAAGUGUUUGAUUUUCGGUUUCACCCUAAAGUGGUUUCUAUAAAAGUCGAAGGAAAUUAAAACAUCUACAAAAAAGCUCCUAUGAAUACUUUGGAACAUCCUUCUGAACAAAAACGCCAAUUUAUUUAAAAAAAUAUGUUAUUUGAGUACAUCAGGAGUUCAUGAGAGACGGUCGUCAGACGUUCAACAGGUGUUUGAUUUUCGUAUUGUAUUGUAAAUAUUUUAUAUUGUUGUUAAUAUCUUACUUGUAGGAAACACACAAACGCUGGCAACUGGUUUCGAAGGUACUUCAUUGACUGUUAGCACUCUUCCCAUAGCCCUUUACAGCGGACUUUGGGCAUUCGAUGGAUGGUAAUACAAUAAUUGUUUUUAUAUUUUGUAUUUUUCUUAUUGUUGAUCCACAUAAUAUUUUUACAGGGGGUCUUCAACCAUGGCUCUCGAGGAAAUAAAAAAUCCACAAAGGUAUACACGAUUCGGCCGUUUAGAUAUAGUUGUCGUUGAUAACUGGCAACUGAAUUUCAUGUUAUUUUUACAGAAAUAUUUUACUGAGUUAUAUACUGGCCGUUCCAUCCGUUACUAUUAUUUAUGUUUUGAUGAAUGUAUCGUAUUUUACGGUCCUGACCAAAUCAGAAAUGGUUUCUUCCUCUGCCGUGGCAGUUGUAAGUUCAUUUUCGUAUCGGUUGUCUCCUCCAACAGUUAAAUCUCGAUGAUAGAUCACGACAAAGAUUAUAAUACUAAAAAUAAACCAAUGUUUUUUUCAGACGUUCGGAAAUCAUGCGCUAGGAAUGUUUAAAUUCAUUGUUCCGCUCGGAGUGGCCAUAUCGACAUUUGGUUCUGCGCUCGCGACUCAAUUUGAAACUACGAGGUCGAUUGGAGUUUUUAUUAUAAAUUUAAUUUCACAGUGCUUUGUAUAAUUUAAACUAAUUUAAAAUAUUAUUAAUUUUUCCUGUCGUAUUAAUAUUUGUCGUCUGUUUUCUAGGCUGUGUUAUGCAGCUAGCCGAGAAGGUCAAAUGUUGGAAGUCUUUUCAUACAUAAGCGUCAAAAGGCUGACACCUGUUCCGGCCGUUCUUUUGCAGGUCAAUAUUUACACGGUUACGAUAAAUUAAUAUCCAUCAGAAAUUUGGACCGAGAAAUUUCAUUGUAAAUCGAAAACUUUAAAAUAAAAGUAUAAUCUUAUCACAUUUAUAUAUUAUACAGGGUAUACUGGCGCUAUUGUUCUGUUUGGCGUCGAAAAACAUCAUUACAUUAAUCGAGUUCGUCAGCUUCCUGGUGUGGAUAUUCUACGGUUGUUCUAUGACGGCACUAUUAGUGAUGCGUUUCACCAAGAAAGAUGUUAAACGUCCGUUUAAAGUGAGCAUAUUUAUAAAACUAUUCGUUUUGUAAUCGUUUUUAAACAUAUUAUUUUAUAACAAUAUAAGAGCCCUUUGAAAAAUUAUCAUGUCGUAAUAUUAAACUCUUGAGCAGGUGCCGAUCAUUAUCCCGAUAUUUGUGCUAGCCAUGUCGGUCAUGUUGUUCCUGACACCCAUAAUCACGCGGGGCAAGCCGCAGUUUCUCUACGCACUAGUGUUCAUUUUGUUUGCCGUAGUAGUUUACAUUCCUUUCGUGUAUCAAAAAAAACGUUUAUCGAUCGUCGGUAUGUAAAUAUCAAAAAUAUUAUAUAUUGUGUUGGCCGUUUAUAAAAAUCGAUUUGUCGCUAGUUUAGGGAUGACGUGAUAGUUAAGAAGCUAGGAUGUGUAGAGAUAUUUAAUUUAUACCUGCGAUCAAUUAUAAACCAUUACUAGCAAAACACUAUUCUGAACGAAGUUUGAUUAUACACGGUUUGAAAGACCCUAAUAUUUACGAUCUUCGUCAAAAUUUGAUUUUAAAACUCUUCUGAAAAAAAUAUCUAUAAAUAGCUCAAAUAUUUUAAAAGUUUUACCACGUCUAAAAAAAGCAAAUAUGAGUUCUGUUAAAAUUUCAAGUCUCUAUAAAUAUUUUCAACUGAAUUACAUUGAAAACACAAAAUUUAAAAUAUUAAAAGAAUUAUUUUCGUAAAUUUCCCCAUUAUUUCUAUAUAUUUUUCUGUUUUGCUUAAUUAGUUAAAAAAACUACUAAAAACGCCUUGUAGGCCACCAACUAUAUUUAAAAUUUGACAAAAAAUAUCUAUUGUUAUAUUUCGAUUGAAAAAUAUUUCUGGUAGAAAACAUAUGUUGCAAAAAUUAAAAACAAUGAAAACGGUAACGCCGCGGCGUGAUGUAAAUAUUUAUCGUUUUACCAGUAAUUUUCUCUCGGAUUUUUCCCAAUUAUUUUGAAAACCUCUUAGGAAAUCAAAAAGCUGUCUUUCUCAAUGCGCCAAAUAGAGAAAAUUACCUUAGAAAAGUUGUUUGCAGAACAAAAAAAAAACACAUCAUAGCAAAACCAAUAGAACCAUCGCUAAACUAUCUAAAAAUAUCUUUAUGAAAACUUAAGUAGUUAUCAAAUUUUUAACUAGUUAAUGCCCAGCUUUUAAUUGAUCGAAAGUCGUCCCACACCAUUGUCACAAGUAUUUUGACAACGCUUUACUCUUUUCCUGUUUAUAUAGUAAAACUGCCAAGUUAUCUGUAUCGUAGCUUAUGUUUUUCUUUUGUUAACAUAACAACAAUCAAAUUGUUAUCGACAUGUAAGUUUUCGGUUAUUUAAUUAAUCUAUACAAAAUUAUUGAAAAAAAAAAUAAUAAUAAUAAUAAAUGACACGCUACGACACAGGUAAAGUGCUGUGAAACACUGCUAUAUUAUAAAAAUUAGAAAAAUGACAAAGAGUUGUCCCACGCAAAACGGUUUUACCAAUCGAAUUGUGCGGUGUGUAUCACGCUAUCCUCUUAACUUGAUCACAGUUUCAUGAGUUUUUUCUUCUUUUAAUUAUGUGUUCAUAGAUUAUCUUACCGAAGCUACGAAAAAUUGCCUGGGAGUCGUACCACCAGAAAAAGAUGAUCCACAUUUACCGGCUGCGGAGAAUAAUCUUGAAAAAUAG